AUGGCCGCCGUCGAGCAAGACCACACGCCGCUCCAGUCGUACGUCGGCUUCGACAGCAUCACAAAGCAGAUUGAGAGCAAGCUCCUCAAGCGUGGCUUCCAGUUCAACGUCAUGGUCGUCGGUCAGACCGGCCUCGGAAAGAGCACCCUCAUCAACACCCUCUUUGCCAGCCAUCUCAUCGACUCAAAGGGCAGAAUGGAGGCCCACGAAACCGUCCGACAGACGACCGAGAUCCACCCCGUCUCGCACGUCAUCGUCGAGAAUGGAGUCAGGCUUCGUCUCAACAUCGUCGACACGCCCGGAUACGGGGACCAGGUCAACAACGAAAACUGCUGGGACCCCAUCAUCAAGUACAUCAAGGACCAGCACAGCGCCUACCUCCGCAAGGAGCUCACCGCCAUGCGCGACCGGUACAUUACCGACACCCGCAUCCACUGCUGCCUCUUCUUCAUCAACCCCACCGGCCACGGGCUGCGACCGAUCGACGUUACCGUCAUGAAGAAGCUCAGCGACGUCGUCAACGUGGUGCCCGUCAUUGCAAAGGCCGACAGCCUGACGCUCGACGAGAGGGACCUCUUCAAGGAGCGCAUCCGCGCAGAGAUGCAGUACAACAGCAUCCGCGUCUACCCCUUUGACAACGAGGACUACGAGGAGGAGGAGCGCGAGGUCAACGAAAAGAUCCGGUCGCUCAUCCCCUUUGCCGUCGUCGGCUCGGAGCGCAACGUCAUCAUCGACGGCAAGGCCGUCCGCGGCCGCAAGAACCGGUACGGCGUCAUCAAUGUCGAAAACGAGAACCACUGCGAGUUUGUCUACCUGCGCAACUUCCUCACCCGGACCCACCUGCAAGACCUGAUUGAGACGACGGCGCAGAUCCACUACGAGGCCUUCCGGUCCAAGCAGCUCCUCGCGCUCAAGGAGAGCAGCACCAAGCAGCAGGCCCAGCCCAACGGCGCCUAG